AUGGCCCGCCGUCUCCUCCUCGUCGCCGCAAUCAUAGGCUUGGUGGCUAUCAGCGUCCAAGCAGCGCCUAAGCCAAAGAAAUAUGAUCCCUGCGUCGCCCCACUUGCGGUGUGCGACUUUUUUUUCUACAACUUCAAGGGCGAAACGCCGGUGAUUACUAUCAAUUCCGUCGCCUCCGAGAAGGUCGCUUCCACUGCCCUCCGCCACAAGUCUGACAAGCCUGUGCAGACAGCAACCACCUCGGGACCCUCUUGCAAAGUCAUAGGGGGCGGUUCUUGCGAUAACUACUUCUUUUUCCGCGCUCGCGGAGCUAGUGACGCGUACACCAAGUUUGUGAACCGCAAUGACCGCCUGGGCAUCCGGCCUAUGCCCCGGGCCAAGAUCGGCGAGCUCAACGGCAAAUGCAUCAAGCUGUACAUCGAAACCGCUAAGAUUAAGCUCGGCAAAGGCGUCAAUGCGUCGGUAUGGCUGAACCCUAACGACAACAAGCCAGGCUACCCUCAGACUCAUCGUUGUGUCGUCUUCAAGGUAGUGGCUGGCGGGGUCCGCAGGGUGAAAGAGAAGGUGUGUGCACCGCUGACUGUGUGCACAUUAGCCAUGGAUCCUUAUAAGUUCCGUCCGUCGAGCGCGUUCAAUUCUCCGUAUUGGACCACCAAUUAUGGGGCCCCUGUCUACAACAAUAACCAAUCCCUGAAAGUUGGUCCUCGCGGCCCCGUACUUUUGGAGGACUACCACCUUAUCGAAAAGCUUGCGCAGUUCGACAGGGAAAGGAUCCCAGAGCGCGUUGUCCACGCUCGGGGUGCGAGUGCCAAGGGAUUUUUCGAGGUCACGCACGAUAUUUCCCACCUCACGAGCGCGGACUUUCUCCGCGCGCCAGGCGUUCAGACGCCCCUGAUUGUCCGCUUCUCCACCGUCAUUCACGAGCGCGGCUCUCCUGAAACUCUCCGCGACCCUCGCGGCUUCGCCAUAAAGUUUUACACGCGCGAAGGCAACUUCGACAUGGUUGGGAACAACAUUCCUGUCUUUUUCAUCCGUGAUGGCAUCAAGUUCCCUGAUGUCAUCCACGCGCUGAAGCCGAACCCGAAGACGCACAUCCAGGAGGGCUGGCGCAUUGCCGACCUGUUCUCGCACAUCCCCGAGAGCUGCCACAUGUUCACCUGGCUGUUCGACGACUGGGGUAUUCCUUCGGACUACCGCCACAUGGAGGGCUUCGGAGUUCACACCUUCAAGCUGAUUAACAAGGCGGGCAAGGAGACGUACGUUAAGUUCCACUGGAAGCCGACGUGCGGUGUGAAGUUCCUGGUGGAGGAGGAGGCUGUAAUUGUGGGAGGCAGCAACCACAGCCACGCCACGCAGGACCUGCAGGACGCCAUUUCUGCAGGCGAUUACCCGGAGUGGAAGCUUUUCAUCCAGACCAUGGACCCUGCUGACGAGGACAAGUUUGACUUUGAUCCUCUUGAUGAUACCAAAAUCUGGCCCGAGAACCUGUUUCCUCUUCAGCCUGUGGGUCGCAUGGUGCUGAACCGCAACAUCGACAACUUCUUCGCUGAGAACGAGCAGCUGGCGUUCUGCCCGGGCCUCAUUGUCCCUGGUAUCUACUACACGGACGACACCAUGUUCCAGACGCGCAUCUUCUCCUACUCCGACACGCAGAGGCACCGCCUGGGCCCCAACUACCUCAUGCUGCCCGUCAACGCGCCCAAGUGCGCUUUCCACAACAACCACCACGAGGGUUACAUGAACUUCAUGCACCGUGACGAGGAGGUGAAUUACUUCCCGUCCCGCUUCGACCCGUCUCGCCAUGCCGCCCAAACUCCAGUCCCCAAGGGCGUGCUGACUGGCCGCAGGGAGAAGAGGGCGAUUGAGAAGGAGAACAAUUUUCAGCAGGCUGGGGAGAGGUUCCGCUCCUUGCCGGCUGACAGCUCGCUGGCCAGCACCGCACAGGGCCCACCAGUCCUCCUCCCCCCUGGGGAGCUCGCUGGCCAGCAACGCACAGGACCCACUGGUCCUCCUCCCCCCUGGGGAGCUCGCUGGCCAGCACCGCACAGGACCCACCGGUCCUCCUCCCCCCUGGGGAGCUCGCUGGCCAGCACCGCACAAGACCCACCGGUCCUCCUCCCCACUGGGGAUCUCGCUGGCCAGCACCGCAUAGGACCCACCGGUCCUCCUCCCCCCUGGGGAGCUCGCUGGCCAGCACCGCACAGGACCCACCGGCCCUCCUCCCCCCUGGGGAGCUCGCUGGCCAGCACCGCACAGGACCCACCGGUCCUCCUCCCCCCUGGGGAGCUCGCUGGCCAGCACCGCACAGGACCCACCGGUCCUCCUCCCCCCUCGGGAGCUCGCUGGCCAGCACCACACAGGACCCACCGGUCCUCCUCCCCCCUGGGGAGCUCGCUGGCCAGCACCGCACGGGAGCGCAUGGGGUUGUGCCAAUUGUUUGCCGCAGUCUUUCUUCGCCGAUGGUCUCUCAUGGCGACCCAAAGCUAUGGUAGUUGCCUCGCACCGAUUUACUGCGAUCAGAGGUAA